AAUAUCUCUAAUAGUUUUUGUAGAAAAAAACUUCUCUUUUUCUUGCAUUGAGAUGAAGAGAUUAGAUGGUCCAAGAAAAGCCCAUAGAUGGAAACUCUCUAUGAAAUCUCUCCUUCGUUCAAUGUUUCUUCUCUUCACUGCUUUAUAAAUUCAAGAAUCCAUCAUUUUCAUAUUUCACCAAAAUGUUUUUUUUUAUGUAGCUGCAAUGUGAUGGUGGUGAGAUCAAGAAAGAACCUGAAAUGGGAAAACAUGGAUAGAGAUAUUUUGGUCAAGAUUUUCGAGAAGCUCAACGUAAUAGAUGUUACCAUGGGAGCAUCACGUGUCUGCAUCUCUUGGUUCCUUGCCUCUCACGCAAAAUCUCUUUGGAAAACAAUCAACCUCGCAGAUCUCCAACGUGUGGACUUCAGCCAUCGUCAAUUACCAAACUCCCGGGUGGAAGAUGAAGAGGUAAACGAACAUGUGUACCGUUGUAAUAUGAUUUUGUUUGAAAGCACCAAACUCAGCAGCACUGUCCCCAUCAACUUAUUCUUCAACUAUGAUACCUACUUAACUGAUGAGGAUCUCAUCAUCGCUGCGCAAAGGAUGCCAAACAUAAGAAAGCUUGUCUUACCACGAUGGUGCCAUUUAAGUGAGAACUCAUAUCAGUUUGCAUUCAGGCAAUGGAAGAAUCUCCAAACGUUAAUCAUUGAUCAACGCCAAGCAUCAUUAACCUGGAGACAGAAGAUUCAAGCUAGCGGAGAUAACUGUAUAAACCUCACCAACUUGAAAAUUAUGGGGUGCCUUAACGAAGCUGAAGCUGGGGAUAUCGUUUGUUGGUUUCCAAACCUCAAGAAGCUGAGUUUGCGUUUUUGCGACAUCAUUGAUAUUGGUCUAGUUUUGCCUCUCAUCACAAGCCUCAAACACCUAACGAUCCUUAACCUCUCACACUGUAGAUUUCGACAUGAGAGAUGUGGCUAUAUAAUUUGUAGCCGUGAACUUGAAACCAUUCUUAUCAAGAUUGAUAGAUAUAAGUGUGAGACAUUGAUCAUGUUGUGUUUAAAUCUCGACUGCAAGUUCUGCGAAAAGGCAUAUUGCAUUGGCAGAUCACAUGCUUUUUUCGAGAAGAAUUGGCGUAACGAUGAGAUAGAGGAAUUUGAAUCUGAAACGUUGUAAGAAUCUGUUGAUGACUAACCAGAUUAUCAUAUUCUGUUU